AUCAUAGUCAAGUUGACUGCAGAGUAUUGUGGCUCAUCUGAAAGGCACAAUGUGGCAGGUAAUCCUCAUCCUUCUGUGCAUCACCAUCCUUCCAACCAAGACCAUAAUCUGCCCCAGCAGUUGCAUGUGCAAUGAGAAAGGAGCUGUCAAGUGUGUUGGCAACAUCACAGACGUGCCUAAGACCAUGCCUAACAGCACAUACCUUCUCCAACUUAACGACACAAACGUGAGGGUCCUGAAUGAGCAAAGCCUCGCCAACCUGCCAUUAAUGCUGCGCUUCAGUGUUAGCUUCAGCUCCCUGAGCGCUGUCCACCCCAGGGCUUUCUACGUGGCCCCCCAGCUCCUGUCUGUCAAGCUGUCCUUCAACAACCUCACAAGCCUCCCGCCCAGGGUUUUCAGCCCCCUGGUCUCCCUGGAGCAACUUUAUCUAGAUGGAAACCAUCUGGAAUCCAUUCCCUCUGUGAUGUUUGAAGGUCUAGCCAGUCUGACAGAGCUUGAAAUGAGUCGGAAUGCCAUUGUCCAUCUGGCACCAGAUGUCUUCAGCAGCCUGAGCAGCUUGCGCUUCCUCAAUUUGGGGAAGAACUACAUACAAGAGCUGCCACCCACCGUCUUCCACUCACUGACACGACUGCAGUACCUUAUUCUCUAUAACAACCAGUUGGAGAGAAUAGAGACUGGAGCCUUUGACGAGCUUGCCAACCUCUUGGAGCUCAAACUCCACCACAACCAGAUUGCCAGCCUCCCCUCAGAGGUGUUCUGGGCCCUGGGUAACCUCAGGAUGCUUACCUUAUCCUCUAACAGGCUUCAGGGUGUCCCAGAGAAGACCUUCUAUUACAUGCCCAAGCUCACCAAACUCACCCUCUACAGUAAUCCUUUCCAGUCGCUGCCUGACCAGCUGAUGGGACAGAUGCCCUUGAUAAGUGACCUUUACCUGUAUGGCACCGACCUCACUGUUGUUCCCUGGAACCUCUUUGCCAACAUGAGUGGUCUGCAAAAGCUCUCCCUCCACCUCAAUGACAAAUUGAGGGAGUUGCCUCAAGACCUGUUUUGUUGUCAGCCGAAGCUCCAGAGACUCUCUCUAAAAGCGAAUGACCUCCAGGUCUUAGAUGGUGACCUGUUCUCCAAUCUCACCAACUUGAACGUCCUACUGCUGAAUGACAACAAGCUCCGCUCCAUCCCUAAGAAUAUCUUCAGACGUCUUUCCAAUCUGAAUAGCAUACAGAUCAACAAUAACCAUCUUAACACCCUUUCAGAUGAGGUUUUCUCCUCCAAUGUUGGUUUGGGGGCUGUGACUUUGGGUGGGAACCCAUGGGACUGUACUUGCAGCAUCAGAGAUAUUGUGGGUUGGAUCAGACGCCAUGAAAGUGUGGUCAGUGAUAAGGAGGACAUGAAAUGUUACAGUCCUGAGCAUCUAGAGCUCCGUAAAUUGUAUUCAUUACAAGAUGAGGAGUUCUCAGUGUGUGACACCACGCCGUCAAGCUAUCUACCGACAACCCCUCCCAUAGAAAUAUACGUGUCCCCUUCAAAACCAUCUUCAACCCCUUCAUCCUUUAUCCCCUUUAGAACCACUACUUCGAUCAUAACAACAUCACCAACAACAGCCUUACAGACGAGCCCCAACAUUGUGCUUUUUGAGUCAGACAACCCAUUCCAGCUUUUCACCGAAGCUCUCCCACCCCCGCCAGGUGACUCUUAUUUCCUCUCUUUCCCUCCUUUCUACGACCGUCUGGUGGUCGAGCAGGGGCAAAAGUUUAUUCACAACAAUCGCAUGAAGAGCUGGGUAUAUAUCUGGAGCCUGUCUUCUGAUAGUGCCUCAGCUAGUUUAAUUAUGGCCCUCCACAUCCUGUUAGUAGCAGCAGGCGUUACUUUGAUCUUGGCAACCAUAUAUGGGAUGUAUCGCCUCCAACAGUCCAUCGAUGAUUUCUGGGAGGUGGCAUCAGAAAACAUGUUAUCCAUCCAGAAGCAAAAGAGCACAGCUAGACUGAGGCCAAUGGACCUGCCAAUCACACUAUACUGUUUUAUCCUGCUUUCCAGUCUUGGUUUCAUCCUGGGCGGAUGUCCGGAUGAAUGCUUUUGCAAGGAAAACCAAAUAGUCUGCCAGGGAAAAUCCAUCUUUGAUUUCCCCUCUGGUGUGCCUGCUACCACCUCCGCCCUCUAUAUUUCCAACACCAACAUCCCUACCUUAAAACCAGAGGACUUUGCUAGCUUUUCAGAGGCCCUAGGCAUAUUAGUAGUAAAAGACUCUAGCAUCAUGCAGGUCCUGCCUGGCACCUUUGACCGUACCAGUAACCUGGGUGCCUUGGGGUUCACCAGCACCUUUCUAACAGACUUGCCUGAAGCCUUGUUCCAGAAUCUUCUGAGGCUGGAGUCUCUGACUCUGAGCAACAACAAGCUUGAGGUGCUUCGCUCCACCUGGUUAGCCUCACUUCCUGCUCUGAAGAAACUCGAUCUCAGUAAGAACCUGCUGACAUCCGUUCCUGAGGAGGCUUUCCGUUAUCUCAGUCAGCUGGAACACCUGACCCUGUCCAGGAAUAACAUCUCCGAGCUCUCCAAAGAGACAUUCAGGGGCUUGACCAGAGUGAAGAUUCUCCGUCUCAAUCGGAACUCUCUACGACAGGUCCCUGUUGGAGCGUUGGAUGACCUGGUGAGCCUGGAGGAACUGUCUCUGCAGGACAACCAGGUGGACCACCUACACACUGACCUGUUGUCUAAGCUUAAAAACCUCAAGAAGCUUUUCCUCUCCAGCAACCGCUUGACAUCCCUACCCCAGGGAUUGUUUUUUAACAUGCCCAACCUGGCUCAGAUCUCCCUCUAUGAAAACCAGCUGAGCAGCCUGGUCCCGGGGGUGUUUGGGCCCAUGGCUCUUCAGGAACUGUGGCUGUACGACAACAGGCUGAUCCGUCUAGAGGACAGCACUUUCAUGAACCUUACUCAGCUGCGUUUACUGGUGCUGAGCCGCAACCAGAUCAGCUCUGUGUCCCCCCACGCCUUCAGGGGGCUGGAGCAGCUGGGAGAAGUGUCUCUGCACACUAACCUGCUCACAGGCCUGGAGGAGGGCACAUUCCAGGGGAUGCCCCAGCUGGUAAACAUAUCGCUGGAGCACAAUCAGCUAAACUCCCUUCCAAGCAAGUUCCUGGAUGGUCUGAGCCAGAUGGGCCAGCUAGACCUUCACAACAACUCCUUCUCCAACCUGCCCCAAGAGACCCUAGACACACUCACAGCAGCUAGGGAGGUGCUACUGGCCCAAAACCCUUGGAGAUGUGACCGGGAUAUCCUGCCGUUUCGCGACUGGCUGAGACAGCACCCAGCCAAGGUCAACCACAGUGUUGUGCUUUGUGCCACACCCAUCGGCCUAAGUGGUGAGGUCGUUGCUGACCUAAAGGAUGAGCAGUUUGGGGUCCUCCACCCAUCCCUCACACCUGACCCCCCAGAGGACAGGUGGGACAUCAGCACCCUGGCUCCUAAGAAGAGCACCUUGGCCCCCACUGCCUCAGUUACACCCACCAGGCAAUACACCAACAAUGGGAAAGGGGAGGGGGUGUCCCGGGACACCCAUAUCAUUAUUAUAGCUGUUGUAUGCACCGCUGUCAUCACAAGCCUCAUCAUCUGCUGUGUCUACUGGAGGAGGAAGAAGAAAGAAAGUCACAACUUAGGGCGUAGGUCCAAAAACUCUGUUCUGUAAAAGUGAAAUUGUGUCCUUAACAACAAUCUUAAAUGUCUCCUCGCAUGGCAGGAAACAAUCCCAAUUGAACAAGAAUCAGUAGGUUCUGUAAUAAUACCCUGUUUUAAAUGGUUCAAAAUGAUAGCCUGAUUAUAGCUUGGUCUGUUAUUACACAUCUCAGUUCAAAAUGAUUUAUGAUUAUGUUAUUGUAACUCUGUAUGAGGUUCGACUAAAAGUAAAAAAAAAAAAAAAAAAACUUUUUAA